AUGAGCAGUUCACACGAGGAACUCCAGGGUUCUUUGCGGACAAGGGAACGAGGACUUGAGUCAAGAACCCCCCCACCAGAGGACUCCAACACUCGUUUUUCCGACCCAAUCAUUGCCAUGGGUUCUCCUGUGGACUCUAGGAGCAACAACACUACUACUCGCCCCAUUCCCUCCCCGAUUCACGUGCAGACUAAUUCUCAUGAAUCAAGUCCAAACUCGCAGAGAACAGACCAUUCCUCAGACACCCUUUUUGGAAUGGAUGACGUGGGGCAGUCUCCUCUUCCAGAAGAUGAUGGAAUGGGUGUCUUACGGGGAAAGAUCCAUGCAAUCCGAGACAUGGAAGUCUCCAGUGGUGAAAAAGCACGGAUGGUUCACCAGUUGAUGACAGAAAGCUACCACUCUUUCCGGGGGAGAUCAAAUGGACAACAGCCGUUAAUAGCAGUUACAUUGAACCUACAAACCUCGACAGAUUCGGGGAGCAGGGAAUCCCAUGGAAAUCAACCGUUUCUCGAUCAGCAGCCUACGACUCCAGCAUCCGUACUUUCAAGUACUGAGCAAAUUAACCAGUUCAAUCUGACACCCGAGGAUAUAAAACCGACCUUUGCUCCAAGAGAAGAGCCGGAGUCCCCACUUGGAGAUGGAGAUGACAUGGAUACCGAGGAGCCUGAGGAGGUCUACCUAGGCUGUAAACACUACAAGAGAAAUGUUAAAUUGCAGUGUUUCACAUGCAAGAAGUGGUACACUUGCCGCUUCUGUCAUGAUGAAGUCGAAGGCCAUCAUCUCAUUCGGCAAAAGACCGAAUAUAUGUUAUGCAUGGUUUGCGGGCAUGCUCAACCUGCUGGGCAAUGGUGCAAGGAAUGCGGUGAACAGGCAGCACAAUAUUACUGCAGCCUUUGCAAACUCUGGGACAAUGAUAGCAAGAAGAGUAUAUAUCACUGCAAUGACUGCGGAAUAUGCCGUAUUGGGCAAGGGUUGGGGAAGGAUUUCUUUCAUUGCAAGACAUGUAGUGUAUGCUUACCCAUAUCCAUCGAAAACACCCAUCGAUGUAUCGAGCGUUCGACCCAAUGCGAUUGUCCUAUUUGCGGAGAUUAUAUGUUCACUUCUCCGGAAACGGUAGUCGUUAUGCGGUGUGGCCACAGUAUUCAUCACAAAUGCCUUUCUGAAUACUCAAAAGGCUCGUAUCGUUGCCCAAUCUGCAGCAAGACUAUCACCAAUAUGGAGUCUACAUUUAGGAACUUGGACCGUACUAUACAGAGUCAGCCCAUGCCAGCCGAAUUUGAGGAUACAAGGGCUUUAAUUUACUGUAACGAUUGCGGCGCAAAAUCAUUUGUGAAGUACCACUGGUUGGGUCUAAAAUGUGACCUAUGCGAGUCCUACAACACAGCUCAAAUUCGACUUCUUCGAGAUGAUGCUCUAGACUCUGUUGAACGCGAGGGGCAUAGUGGAAAUCUUCCAGCUUCUCGACCCAGGCCAUCGUCCUACGGUGUAGAUGAGGGAGCAUUGGGUUCUUUGCAAAUCAGCAUUAGUUCCGUACCGGGGACAAGCUCAUACUCCCAUCUAGGUACAUCUUCGUCGGUGGAAAGAAAUGGACGAUCUUCGUACAGUCUCACUCGUGGCCGUGCUGUGUCGCCAGUUGUCAGUAACUAUUUUGGCUUGCCGCCAACCCAGGAAUCCUCCAUAUCAAGAUCAGCAUCAGUUUUCGGAAAUCGAAGCCGUAAAAGCGAGGAGAGGCGCGAUGGCGAUGGUUUAUUUUUCUGGGGUAAGAAACUUAACUACACCUAUGGUUUCUUUGGUGAAACUGAGCCACUUGACGGACCGCCAGGGAUGGAUGGCGGAGAGGACAACGGGAAGGGAAUUGAAGAUGGGGAAGAGGGGGAAGAGCAACAACAACAAGAAGAAGAAGAGGAGGAGGAGGAGGAGGAUGGGGAGGAUGGUGACGAUAGCGACGACGAUGACGAUGACGACGAAGAAGAAGACGAGAUUGAUAUCUUCGGGCACCGAUGA